CUGCAACCCUUGAGAUCUAGAACUUCGACCACUAUUUUCAUCCAGAAUCCUUGUGCAGUGAACGACGACAACACGAAGCACCUUUCUUUGAUGAACAACAUCUGACACCGUCGUCAAAACUUCAAACCGAGAAAGGAUCUAGUCAUUACUUGAUGGUUCUAAAGCCCGUCUUUUGGCCCAUCGGCUGUAGGGUAGGUGGUUACUGUUAUGGCUGGUUAGAACCUGCUAUCUGCGUUAUUGGGGUAACUACUACGGAUAAUAGAGAGGAAGCUGAAGUAAUUGUGUAUACUCACGCGCCGUCUGGCCUUACACUUCUAGGAAAAUGCAGUAUCGACGUGAGGUAUUAUUCACCGAUUCUUGAUCUCGACGGCGUUGGAGACCACUAUAUCAUUUAUUAUCAUCAGCAUUCCUCCAAAUCUUUGCGGUUCUAUUCUCUCGACACGCUACAGCUCGAUGAAUCAGGAUAUCGCGUCGACACUAAGGCACGACUGAUACAGAAACAGCUAGAACAUGACUUCACAACGCCCCGUGUUCCAGCGGAAUCGUGUGGGAUAAGUCAUAAUGUGGUAGAACAGCUCAAUGCUACAGGUUCUCUGGCCGAUCUCUUGCAGCCCAAGAAGCGGGCUCUGCACGCCAUAACCAUUGCAUGUCUGGCUGCCAUCACCGCUCCGUUCAGCCCUGUCUUCUCUAUUAUUGGGAGACUAUUGAAUGUCAUAUGUAACAUUCCCAUAUCGGUUGACUUAGCUGCACUCAAUUUGCACUAUGCCGUAUUGAAGGAUGUCUCUGCGAUAAUUCAACAGGUCGACGUUCGAGCCGAACAAAUGACUUUCUUGUCGACAGAAAUUCGUGUUCUUUCGCAACGAGAUGAAAUCCCAUUGCCGACAUACUCUGCACGCUAUACCAAUUUCUUCAAUACCGUGUGGUUGAUACUAAACGAUAUCACGAUCGGUUACGCCUUUGGGGUGUUCUUAUUAGAGAAUCACAACUUUCUCGCUGCCAUGAUUAGUAGGCAUACAAAAGACACCUUAAUUGUAUGGGUUCAAUGGGUUCUUCGAUGGUUAGACUCCUGGCCGGCUGGGCUAAAAUUAAACACUGAACUUAGCUGGUUCUAUUCCUACACCUUUAUCGAUAUGGUGGCAAUGUGGGGAACUGUGCUUGAGAGACUUUUCCCUCACUUGCCGAUUGUGAUCUACGUUUUUGGCCUUAUCAGCUCCUUCGGCGGUGCCUUGGGCGGGAUGGCAAUGGCACUCUCACUUUUUUGCGACAUGCUGACCGUCUUUACUGUUCACAUAUAUCUCUGCUAUGUGAUAACGAACACAGUCUACGCAAGGGUUUUGAAGACCGCUGGGAGUUUGUGGAACUUGUUUCGAGGCAAAAGGUACAACGUUCUUCGGAAUCGGACGGAUUCUUGGGAAUAUGAUGUCGACCAGCUGUUGUUUGGUACGAUAUUAUUCACGCUCCUUGCGUUUUUGUUUCCCACCAUCCUGGUUUAUUAUUUACUAUUCGCUCUGAUGCGCUUGGGAACAAUACUGGUACAAGCGAGUUUGGAGACGCAGUUGGCGUUCAUGAACCAUUUCCCUUUGUUCGCGUUGAUGCUGAGAGCAAAGGAUCCGUGGCGACUUCCUGGCGGCGUGUAUUUCUCGCGGAAAUUUCUUGCUGGAGUCCAUGAACCAAUGCUGGUGCUCGAGAACCAACCAAUCACUCUUUCUGUAAUAUUUUUCCAGUACACUCGACUAUGGUCUCGCUUGGUCUCUCACUAUAACCCGAUUCGAUUACUCAAAUGUUUAUUAGCUGGAGAAUUUUUGUCUCCUAUUCCUCGAUACGAGAUUCGGUAUAAUAAAAUACGGGAAUCUACUUAGCAUUGGAGAUUUGACCCUCUACCCUCCUGUGUAGUAUUUUCUGUUUCACAUCACGCUCUUCCAGAAGUUUACCUCAAUCAGCUCUUGAUUCUAAUUGCAGCACC